UCUAUAGCAAGUGGCUUUUUUGGCAGAUAUCGCUGGGGAGGCAAGGGCUCUUCGUCAAAUCCAUGCAGCGAUAUAUUCCGCGGUACGCGUAUGUUCUCCGAACCAGAAUCAAGAGCCGUUGCAGACUUUAUCACCAACUCGGCAGCUAAUUUCUCAGCAUACCUGACCUACCACAGCUAUGGACAGUAUCUCCUCUACCCAUGGGGCUAUGACAAUGCAGUCCCUCCCGAUCACAAGGAUUUGGAUUUAGUAGGAAAUGAAAUUGCUGCUGCUAUACAGCAAGCGGGUGGAUCAAAAUACACAGUGGGAUCCUCAAGUGGAGUCCUGUACCCUGCAGCUGGGGGUUCAGAUGACUGGGCAAAGGGACAGGGCAUCAAGUACUCCUUUACCAUUGAACUUAGUGACACUGGUAGAUAUGGCUUCAUUCUGCCAACAUCCUUCAUUGAACCAGUGGCUAAAGAAUCAAUGGCUGGAGUCAGGGUUCUUGCAAAGUACUUGCAUAAGGCAUAAUUUAAUAUUUAAGCAUUUA